AUGUCCGCAAUAAUCCCGCACAUUGCUGACCACUCGGACACACUAUUCCAGCCGGAGUCAUUCUAUCUGUCGGAAGAUGACGUGCCGCAAGAGCAGUCGGCCACCAGGCUGAACUCGCUCACGACGGCACACACCGACACGCCCUCAGACGGCGCCAAUAUCAUGGUUCGGCGCCGACUCAAUUACCCCGACGACGAAGAGGAUGACGACCCUAUGCGCGGAUUCGACGACCAGCUGGUCAAGAGGAAGAGCGUGCUGCUAAACGCCCUCGGAAGGUUCAAAGCCAAGCACCCAGACAAAUUGUCGCUGCCGGAGUACAUGAUGCAUGCGUACGUUGUACUGCAUACCGUCAACGAAAACACCAUACUCACCUACGAGAUCAUUGCGGCACAUACCAAGAUGGAACCCGAAUCGUUCACCAAGAUCAUGCGCUCGCAAACCCUCUCGAGGCUCGAACAGGAGGACUUCGACAUCGAAGCGCUCGGCAUAUUCAAGGCGGACUUCGACAACGAUGAGGAGCUGACGCAAAUGGAUCGGCAAUUUACGUGGCUGUGUGAAUGCUGCUGCGCUGUGGUGGACGAAUCGGACGAGGAUUCCGUGAUGGAGCAGAUCAAGAAGAAAAGGAUAGAGGCGAUAGAGGCCAACAAGCAGCAGCCGCAACCGGAACAGCAAAAAUACGAGAACCAAAAUGCAGAUACGCAGUUCUGCGCCACCGCGAGCUUCUCGCAGCUCGUACCUAUCGCAGACCUACCCAACGACGUCAUGUACGAGGCACUCAGGCAACACGGCAACCGACUCGUGCAGCGCAGCCUGUGCACGUCGAACAGGCGGAACUACGGCGCGUCCACGUGGUCGCACUACCAAAGCGACGCGGCGGUCCUCAGCGCCUCCGCAGCGGAACUCAGGGACUUCGCGGAUGACAUACAGAGGUACUCCGUAGACAACAAUACAAAUGACUACUACGGAGAGGAGCGGCGGCUCUCGGCCAGGCAGACCGCGCUCCUCAGGAAGAGGUACCUCUGA